UUCUGCUCUGGAUCCAGACUUAAUAUUUCCCGAGGAAGAAGAGCAUCCUUCUGUUCCUGCAGAGUCAUCUCCAUUGAAAAACACUCACAGCCCCGGCACUGGAGAUCGUAAUUCUCCACUCGCCAUCCACAUGGCCUGUAAUUCGUACGCACGUUACGUCGCCGCCGAGUCGACCCCCGAAGCUGGCUUAGCUGCAGCUGCUACCCAGUCCCAUAGCCCGGCCCCGCGAGCUGGCCACCCUGGCAGAGGUCUGACGCUGAUGCCAGUGUGUGGGCUCAACGUUUGGUCACUCGUUCUGCAUUCGGGACUUGUGAUCUCAUUGUCGGCUCUUCAGCGCCUCGAGUCAGCCCUGCACACUGCGCUUGCCAGCAGCGAGUCCGCCAUUUCAGCGCGGUUCGGGCUUGGUCAACCGAGCGCCUAUCUUUUCCACGAAGAGUCAGCGGCACGUCGGCGCUCCACAUCUCAGGCCGACUGGGCCUUGGCCUUCGACCCAUCUGUAUUUGCCGAUGCC